AACUCAGCCAGCCUGCACAGGCCUUUGGACUUCUGUCCCUGAAGCCACUUUCCAGCGGCAGGCGGCAAUCCGCCGAGCAGCCGCCCAGCGCUGGCUGCGGAGUCGGUGAGGCAGGAGUGGACUCCGUGGGAAGAUCCAGCUCCAAGUCAGUCAGGAGGUUAGCCGCGGGCCACAGGUCCUGCGGAGGCCACGGCUCACAUGGCCCCUCCUCCGAACGGCUUGCUCACUUCACAGCCCCAAAUCCGCCCGCCCGCGUGCGUGGCCAAGAUUGGGCAGGUCCGACGCCGGCCAAGCCGCGCAGUUGAAGCGUACCCAAAGAACUAGCCGAGGCCUGGCCUCAGCCUCAAGCUGGAGGACGCGCUGGGGCUUGCUGGCCUGGCCGGCCACCCAGGAUCCAAGCGCCCAACCCGGCCCGCCGGUCUUCCCCCCGACCGCGCCAACCUCGGGCUUCCCUCCCGGGAGGCUGGGUCGACGGACAGCAGACACGUCCAGGCCGAAGUAGCCCCAGACGCUGGUCUGCAGUGCAGGGACGCAUGGAGUAUCUCGUGAAAUGGAAGGGCUGGUCGCAGAAGUACAGCACUUGGGAGCCGGAAGAGAACAUCCUGGACGCUCGCCUGCUUGCGGCCUUUGAGGAAAGGGAGCGGGAGAUGGAGCUCUAUGGUCCCAAAAAGAGAGGACCCAAGCCUAAAACCUUCCUUCUCAAGGCCCAGGCCAAGGCAAAGGCCAAAACCUAUGAAUUCAGAAGUGACUCUGCCAGAGGCAUCCGGAUCCCUUACCCAGGCCGUUCGCCCCAGGAUUUGGCAUCUACUUCCAGGGCCAGGGAGGGCCUUAGGAACACGGCUCUGUCCCCACCAGGGAGCAGCAGCAGCACAUGCAGGGUCGACCCACCUCGGGACAGCAGGGACCGGGACCGAGAGCGAGAACGGGACAGGGGUGCCAGCCGUGUGGAGGACAAGCCCAGCUCACCAGGAGACAGCUCCAAGAAGCGAGGACCCAAGCCCCGGAAAGAGCUCCUCGACCCUUCCCAGAGACCCUUGGGGGAGCCCAGCGAUGGCCUAGGAGAAUACCUCAAAAGCAGGAAGCUGGAUGACACCCCUUCUGGGACAGGAAAGUUCCCGGCUGGCCACAGUGUGAUCCAGCUUGCUCGAAGACAGGACUCAGACCUGGUUCAGUACGGUGUGACCAGCCCUAGCUCAGCAGAGUCCUCGGGCAAGUUGGCCGUGGACACCUUUCCAGCCAGGGUGAUAAAGCACAGGGCCGCUUUCCUGGAGGCCAAAGGUCAAGGUGCCCUGGAUCCUGGUGGCCCCAGGGUCCGACAUAGUUCAGGCACCCCAGGCUCAGUGGGAAGCCUGUAUCGGGACAUGGGGGCCCAAGGGGGACGGCCCUCCCUCAUCGCCAGAAUUCCAGUGGCCAGAAUCCUGGGGGACCCAGAGGAAGAGUCCUGGAGCCCCUCUCUGACCAACCUGGAGAAGGUGGUUGUCACAGACGUGACCUCAAACUUUUUGACCGUUACCAUUAAGGAGAGCAACACGGACCAAGGCUUCUUUAAGGAAAAGAGAUGAAUUGCUGAGGGUGGGGAGGCCAGGACCAGAGCAGGCGAGAGUGAGCUCAAAUGUGGCUUAGUGCUUUUUAUUCCUGGGAGGCUGUGGCCUUCUGACUGACCCUGUCCUUACCCUAACCCCCCCCCCCCCCGCGGUCCCUUUCAUCCCUCCUUCCUCAGUUCUGAUUGGAAAAUUAUCUCUAGAGUUCUAUUUUCUAUUAGAUGUAAAUAUGUUAUUUAAGAAAAAUAUCUAAAUAUAUAUAUUUCAACUCUUGAA